AUGGCUACAUCUACUUUAUGGCUGAUCAUAAUCACCUUUGACAGUAACAUACCUAAAAACGUGGGGAUUUCGCAAGAUGAGAUCCUAGAACGUACCAUUCAAAAUCCGGCUCUCAGCAUAACCGACAUCGUCAAUCAGAUCAUUAAAGAGAAUGAGGAAACUCGUAUCAGCGAAGAUACUUUACAACCCCCACAAAAUGUAUUAAGUUUUGGUACCAGGGAUGGAUUUGCACCGCCUUCGUCAAGCCAACAGCCAAGCACCGAGACAACAACUGUCGCUGCUCGCACAACUUCCACUAUAUCUCCCACCACACCAUUAUCAUCCACAUCAUCCACGACACCUUUUACACUCACAGAUCCCACUCUGGGCUUUAAAAAAGCAACCAUCAAGUAUGCUCUACCAAGGCAACCUUCCGUAGCUAAAAAGCCACUCCCUAAUCCCGUAACUCCAAAUCUGAAAAUGGCUAGCGGUGGCGUGUUGUCAGAAAUGGGAGUUUUUUUCAAAAGAUUGUGGGGAUGGUAUUAA